AAACCGCUCCAAAUUUGUCCAGCACGUUCCUGGCCGCUGAUUGGUCCGUGCUCUGAUUGGUCUGCCCUCUGAUUGGCUGAAAGUUCCGUACUCGGACAGUCGGUCGACGCAGUUUGUUUUCUCGCCUGCGGCUGAAAUUUUGGACGGCGAGUCGCUGCUGGAGGCGAUGUGGAUACAGUUAUUCAGUUUUUCAUUUUAUAGAUGCGUCAAUAGAUGCGGAAACAGGCGGAGAAUGUAGAUUAAGUCUCCUAUUUUUUGUCUUUCUUUCUUUCUUCCUUUCUUUUCCCGGUGCUGUGAGUGGUGGGUGUCCCUCGAGCGUUUUACAUGCGGACUGUCAUUCAGAAAUACUACAGCCUCACGUGUUUGACCUUAGUUUAUAUAUUUUAGACAUUUUAUCUACAUUUCCUCUUAUGCGUUUCCUUCGCGAAGUUGCUGCUGACUUUGCACACUCUGUUAAACGCGACUUCAUUCACUGCAGAUUUGAGUUUCGGUGACAGACGCGUCUGUUUUUGAAUUAUUCCUGCUUUGAAUCACGGAUUAAGUCAUCGCAAUCAUUAAAACCACCGCAGAGGAGGUGAAGGACUGUUUCCUGGAGAAAGGCAUGGUGUAGGACCAGGUCACCAGAGCCUAACACACUGUGGAGAUCUCAUCACUUUUUACAAUCAAAGAGGUCGAAGGUUCUUCUUCCGGACAGUUAAAUGGAGCUUUUCUGGGUCUUUCUUUUGCUGGAGGUGGUCCUAAUGUCCGCUGCUGCCAGAGGUCCACCCAGGGUGUCUGAGCCCGUGGCCCACCGGCAGAGCAUCCGUCUGGGCCGCACCAUGAAGCUGCCCUGCCCCGUGGAGGGCGACCCCCCGCCACUCAUCAUGUGGACCAAAGACGGACGAAACAUCCACAGCGGCUGGACGCGGUUCAGGGUGCUGCAGCAGGCUCUGCGUAUCAAAGAGGUGGAGACGGAAGAUGCCGGGACCUACAUCUGUAAGGCCACCAACGGGUUCGGCAGCGUCAACAUCAACUACACACUCAUCGUGAUCGAUGACUCCAGUUCAAGAGGUGGAGCAGAGGCAGCCAAUGGUGACUCCAAACCCGCCCCAGAGCUGCCUGGGAAACUGGUGCGUCCACGUUUCACCCAUCCGUCAAAGAUGAGGAAGCGGGUCAUCGCUCGGCCCGUUGGCAGCUCCGUGCGCCUGAAGUGCAUGGCGAGCGGCAACCCUCGCCCCGACAUCGUGUGGCUGAAGGACAGCCGGCCGCUGGUGGACGAGGACGCUGGAGCUGAACGAAGAGAAGCAGGAGCACAAGGGGAAGGAAAGAAGAAGAAGUGGACUCUGAGUCUGAAGAACCUGAUGCCGAAGCACAGCGGGAAGUACACCUGCCACGUGUUCAACAGAGCGGGAGGGAUCAAUGCCACCUACAAACUGGAAGUCAUACAGCGUACCAGCUCUAAACCCAUUCUGACUGGCACCCACCCCGUCAACACGACCGUGGGCUACGGAGGAACCACAUCUUUCCAGUGUAAAGUCCGCAGCGACGUCAAGCCGGUUAUUCAGUGGCUCAAAAGAGUCGAACCUGAGGAAGAGAAGAAAUUUAACUCCACUAUAGAGGUUGGAGACCACCGCUUUGUGGUCCUGCCUACAGGGGAGGUGUGGUCACGUCCGGAUGGAUCUUACCUCAACAAGCUGCUGAUCACCAGAGCCAAGGAGGAGGACGCCGGCAUGUACGUCUGCCUGGGAGCCAACACUAUGGGCUACAGCUUCAGGAGUGCCUACCUGACUGUGCUACCAGCAGAUAUGAAGCCUCAAGGCGUCCCCGUCCCCACAGCUACGUCCCCUAGCCUCCCCUGGCCCGUCAUUAUCGGAAUACCAGCAGGCAUCGCCUUCAUCUUAGGCACCGCCCUCCUGUGGUUCUGCCAAUCAAAACGCACCUGCUCCUCUUCUUCUUCAUCGUCCUCCGCUCUCCCCGCCGCACAGCGUCUACCUGCGGCCAGUCGGGACCGAGCCUGCCCGGCGCUGCCCGCUCAGCCGGCCACCGGGGAUAAAGAUUGUCUUUCAUACGAGGACUACGUCGCCCAUCAGCAGCUGCUCCUGGCUCAGGGGGGCACUGGGUUAGCUCCUAAGGUCUAUCCAAAGAUCUACACGGAUAUACACACGCACACACAUUCACACGUGGACGGGAAAGUGCACCAGCAUCAGCACAUUCACUACCAGUGUUAGCACGCUUUGGUGUUUCACAUCCAACUCUUACAUGAACAUGUCCCCAUGCAUGCAGACUCAUUCACAACUGUCCGUACAAGCUGCUGACAAACAGAGCAAAGAACAUGGAAAAGCCACACGGAAGAGGCCGUGCGGAUUCACACAACUCUUCCUCAUUCUGCUGCAGCCACGUUAUUGUGACUUUUUCAAGACAAACAAUGAAGAAUGUAAAGAAAGAAGAUCCUUAUUUUUAGGCAAUCCAGUGGAGUCUAUGAAAAAAAAUCCCAAAACAUAUUUUAUUCAGAGCUUUUUUUAUAUGAAAUCUUUUUCUGUAGAUUUUUAAAACCCUCUUAUUUUUUUGUUCAAAGGUUUUAUUUUGAAGCAACAAUGAACUCUUCAGCUUCAAGGUUACUUUUUCUGUUCUUUUUAGUAUUUUGGACACAACCGCAACCUCCUCAGUAACAGUAGAAAUAGCUCGCCUACAACUAUAGCUACUCAUGUAUAUAGUGGGAAACGAUUAUAUGGCAUUUAGCACGCUCCUUCAUCCUGGGUAAUCUAUAAAGAACAAUAUAGCAUGUAUGUAAUGUAAUAGCUUAAUUUCAGAGUGUAUCUCAGGCGUCAGCCCAACUGAGCCAUAAAAAAACGUAAAUCAAGGCAAACUCGAACUGUAUCCACACCCUGUGUAAGGAUGAGUGCUGCUGGGUUUUGCUUCUGUCCAGCUGCUAUCUGGGUACUGUGUGAAAAAGAGCUGAUGUCAAAUUGAGUUAGAGAUCAAACAGCAUGGAUCUCUCUAUGUAGAUUAUUUUAUUGCUUCAAGGAGCUCCUCCAGACGACAGUUGCAGAAUCAAUCAUUACAUCUGUCCCAAUUUUGAUAAGUAUCUACUGACAGCUUCUGCCCACUUUACUUGCCGGAGAAAAGUGGUAUUUCCUGUUUUGCAUUGUGGCCUUUGCAGCUUUGUUUGAUCCUUAUUGACUUUAGUAUAGAGUGAUAUCAGUUCUCCUGAUAUAGCCAACAGAGCACAGGGAUCAUCAACAAUGCCUUGCUGUAAAACGGUGCCUUUUAGGAAUUGUUUCCAGACUUCGUGGAUCACAGUCGGAUCAUUGGAUAUGUCGCAGAUUCUUGUUAAUCUGUUAUGAGAUUUGGAGGGCUUAUAGAGAGGCACUUCAUAUUAAACUCUUCUUCUUAAAGCGCCUCGCAAUAUGACCUCAAGUAUAAUGGAACAGGGUUUGCAUGUGCUUUGUUCUCGACAAAUGGAAGUUGUCUCAUGUUUUUAUCUAAAGAGGAAAUGUGUUGGAUAAAGGGCUUCCUUCUCACCUGCAGAGCAUUCUGUCAAACUGAUCAAGACAAUGGAAGAUGUUGUAGUAAAAACGUUCUAGAUGCUAAAAAGUUAAAAUGAUCGGUUAAAGCAUGACUUUCUUACCUUCUGCCCUUUAUGCAUUACAGCAUGUUGGAAGCAACAAAAGAUUUCUUCUCCUGUUUGUUUCAGGCAAACUUUCUGAUUGCACCUUAGGUCUGCUUCAGGGCUUUAAGUCCUUUUUCAACAGUUCCAUGUCCGCUUUUGUAAUCCCUAUUUAAAGCGAGAUGUAAGCAGCAUGUAAGCAUUUUGUCACCUGAUUUACACCAACUCUGUAUUCCUGAAACAGCUACCCAACUGACUGGCUAGCCUGCCUUCAUCAAGCUGACUGACAGAAGAACUUGACUGAACCAAAAUAGUUUGUCAUCAUUUAAUGGUAAAGCAUCAACAGUAUUUGCAAGUAUUGAUUUAUUGAUUUUAUUUUGCUGCCCACCCUAGCGAGUGAGUCUGCCUGUAGUGAAACAGAUGUGGUUCAUAACACACACUGCAAAAAAGGGGUGUCUAAAAACAAGAUAAAAACACUAAAUCUGAGGGAAAUUAUCUUGCUGCAUGGACAGUUUCACUUGACAAGAUUUCUUGAAUUAUUAUAUAAGAUUGUUAAAUCUAGAAAUAAGCAUGUUGAACACUUAAAAAAUGAAAUGACUUCUUAAAACAAGAUAAAUUAUCCAACACUUUUAAAUAUAAGGGUUUUUUUAUCUUGGUAAGAACCAAAUAAUUUGCAGGGCAUAUACUUCAGGCUGUUUGUGUGAGUUUAACAGCUUUCUAUGCAGAUGACACUUCAUUAAACACAACAAAAAUAGAAUUGAAGUGUAAAAAAAUAUGGGGGGGGGGUCAUUUAAUAAAUUGCGAGUGUAUCUGUUCUGUGAGACUAUUGGCUUGUGUGCCUUCCUUCUGUUAUCUAGUGGAGGGCAGUUCAGAUCAACCUGUUCUCAUGGUGUGACGUCUCCACCUCAUUCCAAUGAUGAUGGCGUCUGUGCUCUCUUGAUCAGAUGAAGCGGGUUGUGGAGUUGUGUUGGGAGUUUUCUCUGAGUUACACAAAGUAAGAAUCUGAUCAGCUCACCCUCAUCCUUUCUGAAAACCUGCUUUUUUUCCCCCCCUGAGUUGUUUGUCUACUGCUUCUUAGAGUCUUUGCAUGAUGACCUUCGCAAAGAUUUUGAUGACAGUUUCACUCAUCACAGAUACUCAGAGCUCUUUGUUGGGUAUCUUUAUGAUUACACAGAUUGACCGGACAUCUGGUGUCUUCUUCCACACCCAUAUGACGUAGCAGCUCUGGUUCCUUUAUCUCUGGAGCUUUAAACAGAAUCAAAAUACAGUAUCACAAACAUUUAGAGACAUAUGUUCUGCAAGAAAAAAAACAUGUUAAAUUAUAAUCUUUUGUGACAUGUUCAAAGACUGAUUAUGUCUGGGAUGUUUGAUUCUGUAUGUUUUCUGCAGAUUGACCACUAACUUUAUUGACCACCUUAAGAGACCUUUUUUAAAUGGAGAACGACAAAUGUGUUUUAAUUGCAUUUACAUGUGGGUUUUAGACUUUUUCACUUGCUGUUUGAUUACAAUGCAGUUUCAUAUUAAUGCUCUUUGAAAGCCUCCAUGUGUUUUCAUUUCUUUCGGCUGAUUCGACUUCCGCUGUGAUUCAUAUAUCUCUGACUCUCAUGUGGUUUGUUGCACCUUUUAGGCUGUGACAACUGAAACCUUUAUCAUUCUCAUUAAUGCAUUAAGUUUGGUAAAAGUAGGUAAAUUCCUGACAUUACUCUUCCUGGCUUCAUGCUGAGCAGAGGUCUAAUCAGCCCCAUUAACUGGAAACACCUGUGUGGGUGUUCAGAGCCUUUGAUUUGUUAACCGCAGGUCACCAGCAGCUGUUUGGAGUAAAGCAAUUAGUACACCAUAUAAAUGAUCCUAGAAUAAGCUGUUUUCAAAGCCAAUGUAAGCUCACUUUGGAGAGAGUGGAUAGAAAAGGUCAUAUUUGUCAUUAUGUGAGGGAUUAUAAGACCCCUGUGGAGCCAAUGCAUCAGGAGAAAGUCAUCAGCGAUCCACAACAUCCUAAUCUUCAAACUGGAAUAAAAAAAGGAUUUUAAGUACAAAGCAUGUAUUUCUACUAACACUGACAUCACUGACAUCACACUAUCUAAAGAUUACUUUUAAAACAACUAUUAAAGCAUGAUAAUCAUCUGCGAGAGAAGUAGAAUAUUGUUUUGUUUUUUUACUUGUUUUGUUCAUGUAUUGAAAUGACCAUUAGUUGUUCUUUUAUUCUCAUUGUUUCACUACAUUUUUGAUUCCAGUGCUCCUUGUAAGUGUUGAUAGAAGUGGAUAUUUGCUCACAACACACCAUAAUCAGAUCAUAUUAAACCACUCAAACCUCUUUGGAAAGCCACAACAAAUCUUCCCAGUGCACAACCAGUUCCCUCUCUCUCAGGUCUCUGUCUUAUGUGUGCUCCUCAAUCUGAACCACUAUAUAAAAACCUAAAAGAUUAUGCUAAAAUAAGAUUUAGAUUUCAGCUGUUUUGCAUUACAGCACUCCAACAUGUGUAUGGUUGAAACAGUGAGCUGAGUCAUUAAAACAUGAAAAAUGUACACGUUGAAUGUAAAAAGAAACUGGAGGCUUGUCAUGUAGAAGGGUUUUUGUCUCUGCAGACCUUCUUCAGGAUAAAAUACAACAGUGAGAAGUUUAUAAGAGGUGC